AUGGCACAAUUCUUCUCGUCUAGUCUUGCGUGGCUCUAUCUCGGGAUCGCAUUCAUCUUUGUUUCCUACAAGAUUGUGCAAAGAGCUUUCCUCACUCCCCUUCGUGGCAUUCCAGGUCCAUGGCAUGCAUCUCUGGUCAACUGGCGGUUAAAAAUAGCAGUGCUUAGCGGUGCCCGAGCAGACUACAUUCAUGCUCUCCAUCAACAGUAUGGCCCCAUCGUACGCAUCGCACCCAAUGAAGUCGCUGUCAACGACCCUGCCAGCUUCAAAGACAUCCACAAGAUCGGAUCCGGUUUCCACAAGACCAACUGGUACGAGUACCUCAACACCAAUGGAGUCGGGAAGUGUCCUGGCGUCUUCAACAUGACCAACCCAAAAGAGCACGCUGCUAGGAGGAAGUUGCUCUCCAAAGGCUUCAGUCAACGUCAUCUUCGCGAGCAGUGGGAAGACGUUGUGCGUGAGAAGGUUGAUCUGGCCGUCUCUCGCAUCAAGGCUGAAGCCACACGCGGAUCAGCAGAUGUCCUAAAGUGGUGGACCUACCUUGCCACCGACGUAUCUGCACACCUCAUGUUCGGCGAGUCCUUCCACAUGCUCGAGAGCGGCGAGAGAGUGCCCUACAUCGUCGCUUUGGAGAAAGCCACCAUAUGCUCUGCACUCAGCUGGGAGCUUCCCCUUGUCUACUGGAUCGGCCGCAGACUUCCCUUCACAGCCAUGAAAAACAUCUUUUACGCCAACAGUGUGCUUCUCGAACAAGGCGGUCUAGCAGUCAAAAACAGCAAAGCCCAAGAAUUCGGCACAUCAAACAUCUUCGCAACCGCUCUCAGCGAAGUCGAAAAGGGUGACGGCACAAUGACAGACGAGGAUAUCCAGACAGAAGCUGGAAACCUCAUUGUAGCAGGCUCAGACACUACAGGCAUUACCUUGACAUACCUAACCUGGUGUGUACUCAAGCAACCUACAUUACAAGAAGCCCUCGAGGAAGAAGUCAGCGAAGCAGAUGCCGCACUCACAGAUGCCGCUCUCGAACACUUACCCAUUCUCAACGCCGUCAUAGAAGAGACUCUCCGUCUCUACGGCGCAGCACCAGCAACUCUCCCUCGCCUUACACCAUCGGGCGGCGCAACUCUCGGUUCCUACUACAUCCCCUCUGGCACAAUCGUCGGCACUCAGUCAUACUCCCUCCACCGCGACCCUGUUUCAUUCCCCAAUCCAGAAGUCUUUGACCACACACGCUGGCUACCUCCUAACACUCUCUCUGCUCUUGCAAAAGCAGUCUUUUCACCUUUUGGCGCUGGAUCAAGAGUGUGUAUUGGCGUGCACCUUGCGAGAAUGGAAUUGAGACUUGCAGCCGCCAAAUUCUUUAGAGAAUGUAAGGGUGCGAGAUUAGCGGCAAGUACAACGGAUCAGAGUAUGAAGCCGGUCAAUUUCUUCCUCAUCACGCCGACGGCGCAUAAGUGCGAGAUUGUAAUGUAG